GUGUUUGUGCGACUACGAAGAACUAUCAUCACACCGCUCGGGAGAUUAACGUCUGGAUUAUGUCAAUGGAGUUCAUCAAUCAAGACUUCAGCUUCGAUAAAACCGAAUAUAAGUGAAGAAAGCCAACAAGAACACCGAUCACGACAUCAUAGCAUAACCAUAAAGCAAGAUUGUAGGUGUGGAUGCAGAUGUUCGUGAACAAGCCAAUGGGGAAGUUGGUACAAAUGAAGCAAGCAAGAAAGAGAAAAGUGGCAUAUCUUAUGGAAUUGAUGAUGUUCCACCCUGGUACUUAUGUAUAUUUAUGGCAUUGCAGCAUUACUUAACAAUGAUUGGAGCUAUAGUAUCAAUUCCUUUUAUUCUAUGUCCUGCACUCUGCAUGAAAGAAGACGAUCCUGCAAGGGGACACAUAAUAUCCACAAUGAUAUUUGUUACUGGAAUAGUAACAUUCCUGCAGACAUCAUUUGGCUGUCGGCUACCAAUAGUGCAGGGUGGAACUAUAUCAUUCUUGGUUCCUACACUUGCUAUUUUGAGCCUUCCAACAUGGAAGUGUCCGUCAGAAGAAUUCAUUACUUCUUUAAGUCCUGAUGAACGGCAAGAACUUUGGCAAGUUCGAAUGAGAGAGCUUUCUGGUGCAAUAGCAGUAUCUGCCUUGGUACAAGUUUUUAUUGGUUAUUUUGGCAUAAUUGGUGUUAUCCUCAAAUAUGUUACACCUCUCACCAUUGUACCAACAGUCUCAUUAGUUGGUUUGUCCCUCUUUGAGAAUGCUGCUGAUGCAGCAUCACAACACUGGGGAAUAUCUAUGGGGACUAUCAUCAUGCUGACUGUAUUCUCUCAGUGCAUGCGAUCAGUCAGUGUUCCUGGAAUCAGUUAUAAAAGAGGUCAAGGACUAUCUUUGGUCUGGUUCCCAUUGUUCAAGCUUUUCCCAGUUCUUCUUACAAUCUUAAUAAUGUGGGGUAUCUGUGGCUUGCUGACCUUAUUUAACGUACUUGAAAUGGGCCAUCCUGCCAGAACUGACACAAAGAUACAAAUUCUAAUGGAUUCACCUUGGUUUCGGUUCCCUUAUCCAGGUCAGUGGGGAAUUCCAACAGUCAGUGCAGCUGGCGUGUUAGGAAUGCUUGCUGGUGUGUUAGCCUGUACAGUUGAAUCAAUUAGUUACUACCCUACAACAGCUAGAAUGUGUGCUGCUCCACCUCCACCUGUACAUGCAGUGAAUAGAGGAAUAGGCACAGAAGGACUGGGAACAGUGCUAGCAGGUCUCUGGGGUAGUGGUAAUGGGACCAAUACAUUUGGUGAAAAUGUAGGAGCAAUUGGCGUUACUAAGAUUGGCAGCCGAAGGGUUAUACAGUAUGCCUGUGUAUUAAUGUUACUGCAAGGCAUCAUUAGUAAAUUUGGAGCAGUUUUUAUCAUCAUCCCAGAGCCCGUUGUUGGUGGUAUAUUUUGUGUUAUGUUUGGAAUGAUUGCAGCUUUUGGGUUGUCUGCACUUCAGUAUGUAGAUCUAAAUUCAUCAAGAAAUCUAUAUAUUCUGGGAUUUUCUAUCUUUUUCCCAUUGGUGCUUUCAAAAUGGAUGGUAAAGCAGACAAAUGCUAUUCAGACAGGAAGUGAAGUUGCUGACAGCAUAUUUACAGUGUUAUGUAGCACAAGUAUUUUGGUUGGUGGUUUUGUAGGCUGCUUUCUUGACAACACAAUUCCAGGUACACCAGAAGAAAGGGGACUGAUUGCUUGGCAGGCUGAAAUGAAUCUUUCAGGAGAAGGCAGUGACAGUGAUGCACCCAGUACAUACGAUUUCCCAAUUGGUAUGAGUGUCCUGAGGAGGUGGACUUGGACAUCCUAUUUGCCAUUUUCGCCCACAUACAAACCAAGAACCUCUAAAAUGUGCAGCAGGAAUAAAAUCUACUAAUGGCACCCUGAAGUUCAUCUCUGAUGCUUCAAACAGACUGAAAUAUUUUUUUACCAUUUCCAUUUCCAUUUUCUUGCAUUUAAAUAUAUUGUUAAGUAAAACUCUCCACUAAGACAAUGCUCAAUUGAACAUGACGACAAGCCACUAAUUUAUAAUACAGACGAAUUUGUGGUUCAUGAUUUAUUAUGUUCGACAACUAAGUACUCACUUAUGGAGGAAUAACUUUGUUACCUA